AUGAACUUUUUAUAAAUUUCUUUAAUCAUUUAUUUAGUAGGUCCAUCAAUAGAGCUCACUAUCACUGAGAUUAAUGAGCCUCCAAUAUUUAUGACUAUACAUCCAUAUGAACGGAGAACUAUAAUUUUCAAUGAUGCUCGAGAUGCAAUUUUAUAAUCGCUUAAUCUUAGCAAAGGUUGUGAAUUAACUUCAUUACAAGUUUAAUUUGAAACUCAAGAAUUCACAAUCAUUCAACCUUAAGAUUUAUCAGAAGUGGACUUUGAAUAAGACACUAUUCUCAACUUUCGUUAAUUUGUGUCAAUGAUUCAUAUAACAGAUGGAAUGUUAGCAAUUACUUCAGAUUCAAUUGCAUAUCUUCUUAAAUUUAAUUAUGAUACUGUUUUUGAACAUGAUUUUGUAGAGAAAGGAUAAUAAUUUGCUAAAAUCUUAUGGAAAGUAGAUCUUCAAAUCAUUGCUCCUUCAUUAGUUACUAAGAAUGAAUUACCAUAAUUAUUAUUUGCUCCUUCUUCUGAUUAAGUUUUUUUGCUAUUUAGUGAUAGUGCUUAAGUUUUUAGCAUGAAAUAAAUGGAAUAGAAAGCUAAUGCACUUGAAGUAUAUUAAAUAACUGAUUGGAGAAAAAGAGUAUAUAGAGGAUUAACAAAGGAAAUAGAUGGAUUAGUAUUUAGUGCUGUUGGACUAGAUGGAUUAGAUGUUUAUAAGAUUAUAUUAAAGGAUUUAAAAUUCAUUAAGAAUUUGAAAUUAAAAGAUCUAGGUUUGAAUUCUUAAAUUGAGAUUGUUGAUUUUGCUAUUGUAAAACAUGGAACAACAUAGAAAUACUAUUCGAUAUUUUUAUUGGACAAAUAAUGUGGUUUAUUAUUGGUAGAUGUUCAUUUAGAUUAAUAUAUAAAUUUUGGAUUGAGAUCUUGGAUUAGUUAUUAAUCAGGUGGAAUAUCAGUUGACACUAGAAAUGGACGAAAUGUAUUUAUGGCUUAUUAAUCAAUGAAUCAUUAUUAUGUACUUGAAUACAAUGUUGAUUUAAAUAAUGGAAAUUAUUUUCUCAUUAGAAAAAAGAAAAUAAAUCAUCGCAUUAUUGAUUUAGAUGCAACAGAAGAUUUUGUUAUUGUUUAAGGAGUGAAUUAACAUUUAAUUUUAUUUUCAAAUGGAUAUGAUUAUGUUAUGAAUCAUCAUAAAGAUUAAAUAUUUAAACAUUUGGGUUUACGAGACUUUGUGUUUUUUAAUCAAUCAUACAAAUUAGAAGAUUUUGAUGAUAUCACUAAAGAAUAUUAAUAUGAUGAUUUUUUUUUUGGGAUAACUGCUCAAAGUGCUUUUCUUACUCGUUUCUAGAUUGAACCUAUUAAAAUGAAAUGUCUCUAUUAUUAAACUGAUAGUAAAAAAAUUAAUAUUAUUUAAAGUUGGUCAAACUUUUACAUACACUGUUCAAUAUAACACUACAGGAAAAGAUGUUUAAGAUUUAGUAGUAAGACACACACAAAUAGUAAAUAUAGAGAUAGUUAAGACAUAUUUCUAUGAAACAGAGUAUUUAUUAUUUUAUUUGAUUGGUUUUAUUGGAUUAAUAUUAAUAAUGGGAUUGGGAUAUUUAGGUUAUUAGUAUUGGAAGAAUUAAAGAGAAUAUACAAAGUUAGAAGCUAUAGACAAAUCUGCUAGGGAAAAAGGUUAAAAGUAGAAUAAUGUUUCAUCUACUAUAAAGGAAGAUUAAACUACAGUAUUUUAAUAAUAAAAUAGAUCUAUUGAACCAUGA